CCUAAUUAUAGCUGUGCCGUAUUUUGCCAACACUGUCGCAAACAAACCUGCAUCUUCAGUUCGAUGAUAACCAGGGGCAGCAAAAGUUCAAAUAUCUUAACGCGUUGUCCUCGAAACGUGGCCGCCCUGCGUACACCUGCUGCCUGCUAUCAUUAAUGGCAUCCUUGUGAGCUAUUUAUUACAACGUCAAUUUUCAAAAUGCAAGUCGUUCGAAGAAAGCGUGCACUUUUAUUUUCAUUUAUUUGACGUCUGCAAUUAUUUUCGGAUAAUUCGUCCCUCUCCAGGGGGUACAUGGUGGGCUGUGGGAGGACACUGAUUUGGUACAGUUAGCCGUCCAGCUGCAGUCGGUUAGCUUAGCCUGCACAGCUGGGCUCAUCUGGACGGGGAAGCUAGCGGUUCUCCGCGUCGCUUUUUUUUUUUUUUUUUUUUUUUUACCCUUACGAGGAAAGCUCAUGGAUGAGCUGGUGAGGAGUUUGCCCUCCCCGACUCUCCCGGGGAUCCAACUGCCGCGUCUGGACACCCACAAAGGCUGGCUGUUCAAAUGGACCAACUACUUGAAGGGAUACCAGAGGCGGUGGUUCGUCCUCAGCAAUGGCCUGCUCUCAUAUUACAGAACGCAGGCAGAGAUGAGGCACACCUGCCGAGGCACAAUUCCCCUUGCGGCCGCUCAAAUCGAGCAGGGUGACGCGUGCAACUUCCUGAUAACCAACGGAGGUCGGAGCUAUCACUUGAAGGCCACCUCUGAAGGGGAGUGUCAGCACUGGUUGUCGACACUGCAGCAGGCCAAAAUCAAUGCCAAUGCCCUCAUUCAUCACUCUGAUGACUCAGGUGAUGACGAAAGUCCAGGCACGCAUGACGCUCGAGUGUUGAGCCAAGGCACGCUAAAGACGUUGGCCAGCAAACUGGAUGAUCUGAGCACCUGUAACGAGCUGAUCGGAAAGCAUGGCGCUGCCCUCCAGCGCUCCCUCAGCGAAUUCGAGGAUCUCCGCGCGUGCAUUGACAACACGGACAAAGUGAAGGCUGUUAAUGAGCGAGCCGCUCUCUUUCGCAUUACCUCCAAUGCUAUGAUCAAUGCUUGUCGUGACUUCCUGGAUGUAGCACAAGCUCAAAACCGCAGGUGGCAGAAAACCCUGCAGCAUGAGCAAGAGCAGCGUCACUAUCUGGAGACCACCAUUGAGCAGCUAGCCAAACAGCACAAUAGCCUGGAGACAGCCUGGAGGGAGAAGCCCACCUCUUACACAGGUGGGCAGAGAUCUCGCGAGGUGGACGAGAGUGAUGAGAAUGAUGAAUUCUUUGACGCCAUGGAAGACGCUCCUUCAUUCAUAACUGUGAAUGCCGAGACUAAGCACAGGCGCUCAGGGAGUAGUCAGAGUAUGAAAAGUGGCGGAAUCCCCAGUGACUGGACCCAUAACGAGAAUGACACCUCAGACUCAAACCACAUGCAGCUACGCCGAACAAGACGUAACCGUAUUCCAGACAAACCCAAUUAUUCCCUCAACCUGUGGAGCAUCAUGAAGAACUGUAUUGGGAAAGACUUGUCGAAAAUACCAAUGCCUGUCAACUUCAACGAGCCGCUGUCGAUGCUGCAGCGUCUGACCGAGGACGUGGAGUACAGCGAGCUCUUGGACCGGGCGGCUCGCUGCGACUCAUCUCUGGAGCAGAUGUGUCUGGUAGCCGCCUUUUCAGUCUCUUCCUACUCCACCACCAUACAUCGCACAUCUAAACCCUUCAACCCUCUACUUGGGGAGACCUAUGAACUGGACCGCCUGCAGGAAUAUGGCUACCGCUCCAUCUGUGAACAGGUUAGUCACCACCCACCAGCUGCUGCCCACCACGUCACUUCACAGCGUGGAUGGACCCUGUGGCAACACAUAACUAUUGACAGCAAAUUCCGUGGGAAGUACAUCUCUGUCAUGCCACUAGGAAAGAUUCACUUGCAGUUCCACUCAAGCGGGAACCACUACGUGUGGAGCAAAGUGACCUCGACAGUGCACAAUAUUAUCGUGGGGAAACUCUGGAUUGAUCAGUCUGGUGACAUCGACAUUGUGAGCAACACCACCAAGGAUACAUGUCAUCUGAAGUUCUCGCCCUACAGCUACUUCUCGAGAGAUGUCCCACGCAAAGUGACUGGUGUGGUGGAGGACAGGGAGGGAACAGCACAUUAUAUACUAUCAGGAACCUGGGAUGAAAAGAUGGAGAGUGCCAAAAUAGUAGACAGCAGUCAAGGAAGUGGAGGCUCAGAAGGCAAACAAAAGACAGUUUAUCAAACUCUUCAGCCAAAACUCUUGUGGAAGAAAUACCCGCUCCCGGACAAUGCGGAAAACAUGCAUUAUUUCUCCGCCUUGGCUUUGACUCUGAAUGAGCCAGAAGAAGGCAUCGCGCCCACUGACAGCCGUAUGCGUCCAGACCAGCGGCUGAUGGAGGUGGGCCUGUGGGAUGAAGCAAACACCCAGAAGCAGCGUCUGGAGGAGUGUCAGCGGCUGGAGAGGAAGAAGAGGGAGGUCCAAAACAUGCAGGCGCUGGAGGAAGGACAAGAAAUGGAGGUGUACCAGCCGCUGUGGUUCGAGAAGAAAACUGAUGAUGCAACAGGAGAAAGCACCUACAUCUACAGGGGAGGCUACUGGGAGGCCAAAGAAAGGCAGGACUGGAGCAUGUGCCCUGAAAUCUUCUAGAACAAACCAAAACAGCAGCUGUCACUUAUAUAUCCUGCAGUCCUGUCAACAGUCAGGUCGAUUCUAAGCCAAAACAUGCUAAUCUUUUUAGGAAAAGACAGAGAAAGAGCACUGCGCCGAACUUGUCAUUCCAAAACCUGCUUCUUGAAACUCGCUUCUGACAAGAGAUUUCAGCCUUUAAAGGGCCACAACAUGGUUGCGUUCUGGAGCUUCCUGGGCUGGACGAAGCUGAUUUUCAAGGUAUUGCUUCGGAAUAGGGGUGGCAACCUCAGGGUAGCUCACUAUACGAACAAUUAUCAAUACAUUGGUCAGGAAAUCAUUCUAGGAUAUUCAACAAAACAACUGAUGAACCGAAAAACAAUUUACUUUCAUCCUUCUGCUGUGAAUUGGAAUGAGUUUAUCACUAGUAGAUGUCCAAUCCGUUUGAACUGGGCGGGUGGCAGUGAAUGAUCAUGUACGGAAAUUGUUGAUUUAACAUUACACUGGAAUGCAUUCAGUCUUAAACAUUGGAUUUAGACAACAAAGUUUUGGGCGUUCUUAGUCCAAAUACAGGUUAGUUUUAGAUGUUUCUGUCUUGUCAUUACUGGUUAAAACUGUCUGCAACAAGUGUUCUGUUACUUGAGGAAAAAAUGUUCUCGGGUAGAUACACAAAAUGUGUGUUUACGCUGCACAAAAAUACCCAAUCUAUUCAGAAUGCUAAUCUUUUCGAAAAAUGAAUUCUUUUUUUUUUUUUUUUUUUUUUUAAGAAUGAGGGAUAAAAUAUGACUAAAAUGGCACCAAUACUAAAUGACUUGAGUGCAGUUUUGUUUUAGUGUACUGUGUAUUAAUCUGAUUAUUGUACAAAAAUGAUGAGUCGCUGGUUGACUUUUGUUUUUUGUUUUCCUACUGUAUAUAGCUCAAAUAUAGAAGUAGAACUACAUAGGUUAAAGUUAAUUCACACACUAUAUAUAUUAUGGUUACUAUUUAACAUUGUGUAAACAAUAUAAAUAUCAUGAAAUUCCAGGUUAGAUUAUCGAUGACUUUUAACAGUUAUGUGUUCUUUAGAUAAAGCACAACAGUGAUGUUUACCUGCAACUUAACCCAAAUGCCAAGCUUUUGACAUACUCCCAUGUACAGUACUGUAGCUAUGCAUGAUUUUUGGGGCGCUUGACUCAGGGCCCCAUUUAAAACGUGGUGUUAACUGUGACUGGACUCUUUCUGGAACAUGUGAACUCACCAUUUGUGCCAGACGACCUUGAAAAUGUUAAAUAUGUUACCUUUUUUUUAGCUCACAUAAAAACACAAAGCUGUCCCUGAGAUGUGUUGUUUGCUUUCGAGACGGUGUUAUCAACUACCAUUAAUGUUAAACAGUAAACGGAGAGUGUUUUCAAGCUGUAUGAAUGGCAGUUUGAUGUGGUACAAUUGUACUCUGCAAUACGACUACCAAUACAGGUAGUCCCCGGGCAGUGUUGUCACAGAUUACUUGAAAUAGUAAUUUAAUUACUGAUUACGCCUCAAAAAAGUAAUCUAGUUACUUUACUGAUUACUUCAUUAUCAAAGUAAGUAAGUUACUUUAAAAGUAAUCUAUCAGUUACUUUUUACCCAUUUUUCUCCCUUUGCCGCCUCAACAUAAGAAUGACAACAGAAAAAUGUGAUCACAUGUAAUUGACUUUCCGAUGAUUGAAUUUAAUGGGGAAUAUCAGAAUUCGGCGCUAGCUUAGCCACUCCGGAGCCCUGAAACUAACAAAUAUCUGACAAACUGCUUGGAAUGUGUUGAAAUCAACUCCACCGACCAAUUAAACCUCACUAACUCUAAGAUGAAGCCUCAUGUCAAAACUUCUGAAUUUCAGGGUAUGGUUAACAGCAUAUCAGUGCCAAUGUAAAACAAUGCAAACUGAUGGCACAAUAAUCAACAACACACAAGUGGAUUAAAAUCGUACAGUGCAAUAAACACAAAGGUGGUGACGGGCACGGAUGCGCGUGCAGCCUUGCACAUUAACAACCCGGAAGUACUCCUCUCAACGCACACGCGGUCAAUUUGGCCACAAAACAUGGCGGCAACUAAGCACUUUACACUCAAUCGGACUUACAACACAUCCCACAGAUGCUAAACACAUCACCUCACGGCAUAAAUGUGCAACACGCAUAUGAUGCCCGUCGUUGCUAUGGCAAAGCUACGAAACGGCUGCGCAUGUAGGGGGUACAACCUUUUGCUGAUACCCUCCAGAAUGAAGGAAAAAUACUCACCUUCAUUCAUGGAUAUCUAAAGAUCAACAUUCCCUAGCAACGUCUCAACACUCGGCGCGAAUGUCCACCCGCCUCAGUCCCACAACACGUGACGUGAGACCAAAACAGGAAAUAGCUAAGAGGUUGUCAUGGAAACACGUACCGGGAACCUUUUAUUUUAGCAUUUACUAUUCAAAAUGCUCUUCGUACAGGACUACAAUAUCCUUCAUUCUACAUACGUUAUGAGGCAAUGAAAAAAAUAGUAACGCAGAGACACUGAGGGAACUAACUUUAAUCAGAUUACUGGUGUAGAAAAAUGAACGCGUUUGACUACUCGUGACUGAAAAAAGUAAUCAGAUUACAGUAACGCGUUACUAACUAACGUGUUACUGACAACACUGUCCCCGGGUUACGACGUACUCUACUUAAGCGAUUUCGACUUUACGACGCCAUCUCCAGUCAUUUUUUUUUUCUAAGUCGCACAAACAGUACCUAAUUGUACCUCAAAGUAUCUUAUUUUUUACUUUACCUUAUUACCAUGACUUGUUCUAUCCUCACUAAACGUGAAGUUGUUCAGCUUGACAGACAGCAGACAAAGAAACUGUGCUUUUUGAAGUUUUUUUACUUCCUUCACUUUUGACAUCUUGUAAAGCUGUAACACUCAUACAGUGCUGGCCAAAAGUAUUGGCACCCCUGCAAUUCUGUCAGAUAAUGUUCAAUUUCUCCCAGAAAAUGAUUGCAAUUACAAAUGCUUUGGUAGUAAUAUCUUCUUAUUUUGCCUGCAAUGAAAAAGCACAAAAGAGAAUGGGGGGAGGGAAUUAAAUAUCAUUUUACUCAAAACUCCAAAUAUGAGCCGGACAAAAGUAUUGGCAGCCUCUGA